AUGGCCUCAAUAUUACCAACAACGCAUUCAAGCAACUUCGGCUCAUCUCAUAGUUCAUCCUUUUACUAUAAUGAAAAUAAUGGAAGAUAUCGAAGGAAUACGAAUAUUCUAAAACGUUUAUUUCGAUUCCCUCAUAUGGACUUUGAAUUUGCACUAUGGCAAAUGGGUUACUUAUUAAUUGCGCCGAGAAGGGUUUAUAGAAAUAUUUAUUAUCAUAAACAAACAAAAAAUCAAUGGUCAAGAGAUGACCCAGCCUUCAUUGUUCUUUUAGCAUUAUUUUUAACAUUGUCUGGCAUUAUCUGGGGAUUCACAUAUAAUUAUAGUGUUUUAGACAUCAUGAAAACAUCCUUCUUUAUGGUGUUUAUUGAUUUGUUGUUGGUUGGAUUUACUAUUUCAACUGUGACAUGGUUCAUUACCAAUAAGUUCUUGAUUCAAAAUAUAAAUAGUUAUGCUGUAGCACAAAAGGUAGAAUGGGCUUAUGCAUUUGACAUUCAUUGUAAUUCAUUUGUUCCAGUUUAUAUGAUUUUAUACAUUAUUCAACUCUUUUUUUUGCCACUGAUAUUAAAAGAGAAUUGGAUUUCAAUGUUUAUUGGUAAUUUCAUGUAUUGUGCUGCAUUAAUUUGGUAUACAGUGGGUACAUUUUUAGGCUUUAAUGCUUUGCCCUUUUUAGUUCAUACUGAAUUAUUCCUAUAUCCUAUUGCUUUGUUUAUUGCAUUAUUUGUAGCUUCUUUAUUCGGAUUUAAUAUUCCCCAGUAUACGCUUGGACAUUAUUUCAGCAAUAAUUAA